AUCCUGCGAGCAGCCACCCGGACAGAGAACGCAACAGGUCUAAUCUUGGAUAGUCUCAAACAAGCUUUUUUGACGUAGAAUUCAAAUUACUGUUGCUGAAAUUAAUAUAAUAAUCUUUAAAUUAUUAUAUUGACAAAAAGUAGAGCAACUGUAAGCAAAGAUGAUUAGAAUAGCGAUGGAACACGUAAAGAAGCAUCCAGGGCUCAUCCCCCAGUUCUUCUUCAUCUUGUUGGGAAUGGGAGGAGCCUCCUUGUAUUUGGUCCGUCUUGCAAAGGGGCCCCAUGUCACCUGGAACAAGAAGAACAACCCUGAGCCCUGGAAUCAGCUUGACCCUACCUACCAGUACAAGUUUGUGGCCAUUGACACUGACUACAAGAACCUGAAGAAGGAGGGACCUCAAUUCUGAGUAUCUUCCCUCUUGUCCUAACGGCACCAGGUCUAGCCCAAAGAAUGUCACUGAAGAAUUUAAAUCUGGGAAGAAUUUGUCUCUCAACGCUUCUAAUGUAUACAAAUAUUGAUGAUGAUCAAAUCUAUCAAUUUGCUUUUGUUUUAUCAUAAACACUUCAUUGUUAGUUUGGCAGCCGCUAAAUGUAACAAUGAAUGUGCACAUUUUGAAAAGACGCAAGAGUGUGCAUAGAUUUGUUCACCAAAUUACACUGAAAAAAUAUUAGUGUUACAGUUCAUAUAGGGAAAUCAGUCAAUUGAAACAAAUUAAUUUGGCCUGUAGGAUUCUAGCUUGAAAUAUACUUAUUCAUGUUACCAUACCAGAAUUUAGUGAUUACUUUACAUGUAUAAGAAAUGUAUAUGUUGGGGGUCAAGGAAGGGUAAAGAGGAAUUUGGUGUGUGGAAAGUUACUGAGUGAGAAAAGGGGAAAUGCAGAAAGUUCAUAUUCUGUUAAAAUAUAUUAUUGUAGAAUAUUAAUGUUCCUAAAGAGGGAGGCAAAGGGCAACCGUCUAGUUUCAGUUCUUGAUAAGGCAGACCAGUAGAUGUGGAACUCUACUCGAAAUAAGGUCAAAAGUUGAAGAGAGAAGACACUGCUGGGAGCGGGGCCACAGGAGCCCACCCCGAAGACCAUCUGAUUAUGGUCUUAUCUCCCACACACACACACACACACACACACAUUUCCACGCCCAUGAGGGUCCUAGACUAGAAUUACUCCGCCUAGUUGGAAGGUAUAAAGAUGUGCUUGUGUGACUUGUAUGUUGUGUUUGCAGCUGAAGCACCCAGUGGGUUGAAUAAACUUGGUUUGAGCCAGAGGAAA